CAGGCGCAGAACACCGUUUGCCUGUCGCGUGUGCGGCCUCUCUUCCUCUACCGCCAUCAUGGGUCGCAUGCACGCUCCCGGAAAGGGCUUGUCCCAGUCAGCUCUUGCCCUACAGGCGCGUGUUCCCACUUGGCUGAAACUCACAUCCGAUGAUGUCAAGAGCAGAUCUUCAAACUGGCCAAAAAAGGCCUGACCCCCUCAUCAGAUUGGUGUGAUUCUGAGGGACUCCCAUGGUGUGGCUCAGGUGCGUUUCGUCACUGGCAAAAGAUCUGAGGAUCUGAAGUCCAAAGGUCUGGCCCCAGACCUGCCCGAGGAACUGUACCACCUGAUCAAGAAGGCUGUGGCUGUCAGGAAGCACCUGGAGGGAGAAACCGAAAGUAUGACCACCCUGCAAACGCCACCUCCAACAAGGGCUGAUAAGGACGCCAAGUUCCGCCUGAUUCUCAUUGAGAGCAGGAUCCACAGGCUGGCCCGUUACUACAAGACCAAGAGAGUACGGCCCCCCAACUGGAAGUAUGAGUCCUCUACAGCUUCUGCUCUGGUGGCAUAAAGUCGUCUUUUUGGAUUAAUAAAACAGGUUAAAUUGAAACUGA